GGCAGCCCCCGGCCAGGCAGGGGCUGGGCUCUGCAGUGUGACGUGAAACCAGAGCGAGGUGCGGUGUGGCUAUGACCCAGCCAGCGGCACAGGCUCUUCCGACACAGGCAGUUGUAUCCCUCAACUUGGGAGAAGGCUUCUGCGUCUCUUCCACCUCUACCAAGUUCAUCAAUGGCAAAUGCAUCACAACAAAAAGGACCGUGGCGAAUAGGCAGGAGCAGGCAGAUGUUGAAGGAGACGGAGAGCUGAAAUCUGUUCGUGUUAACGGGGUGGCUGUUGACAAGACAUACAAACGAGCAGCAGGGACUGACUCUCACGCUGGGCCUAUGGACCCUCGCCCUGGGCCCCACACAUCUUGUCAGAGGCAAAAGAAGCCACACCCCAGAACCAGAUGCAAGUCAGCCUCUGGUGACAAGCUGCUGGCUGGAAAGAACAGGCCCCGAGCCAGGCCAAGCUUACCACAGGAGGGAAGCAGCAUACCACUGGCCAAGGGAACCACAGCACCCGCCCGGGAGAGCAAGUCACAGGCUGAAAGGAGCACACCAGGGACUGGGGACAGUGCUCCGCAGGCCAGGGAGAGCGGGUAUGAGCCAUAUCCGGGAGCUGAGACGCAUGCCGGAAGGAGUGAAUUGCAUGCUGGGAGGAAAGAGUUGCAUGCCAAACUCAAAUUAGCUCCCAGGUACAAGGGGUCACCAGCUGGGAGGAACCCGUCGCGUGACAGAUGCCACAGAGCAGAGGCCGGGUGGCUAGAGUCGGCUGCUGGGUGUGAGGAGCUGGAUCCUGGGUGGAAUGAACUACCUGAUGAUUGGAAGAGUCUCCCACAAAGUGGAAGCUGGUUGCUGCUGGGUGGAAUGAAUUGGCAGCCAGAUACAAGUCAGGUCCCGGCUGGGACGGAGAAGAGGCUCCAGGAUCAAUUCUUUGGGACAGCGUGUCUAACGCGCAUGACGCUCCUGGUGGGAGAGAGUCCGCUGCCAAGUGUAACAAGGACAUUCCCAAGAGGAACCAAUCGGCUGCUAGAUGGAAAGAGACAAGUCCUGGGGGAAACCAGACAUUUGCCUAGGUGGCCAAGCCAACCCCUGGGCAGGCCAGGCCAGCUCCAGUGUCAUACAACUCCACCCGUGGGCAAAAGCAGCUGGCUGCAGGGUGGAGCGAGAUGGAUAUGGGAUGGGAUGAAUAAGUUGCCCAGUGGAACAAGCCAGCUCUUGGAUGCAAUCAGUCAGCUCCAGAGUGGGGUGAAUCAGCUGCCCUGCAAAAUGAGUCCGCUCCCAGAUAUAAUCAGUCAGUCCCAGGGUGGAACGAGCCAGCUCCCAGACAGAAGCAGUCCUGAUGUUUCGUCCUCUGAUUCCAGCUGUUCCCAUACCCAGCUUCACCCCAGGGAAGGGAGAAUGCCGUGAAUGCUGGGACCCACUGGGAAAGAGGUUUCCUAGGGGCAUUGGCCUGUGGGCAAGCAGCUGUUCAAUAAAGGACAGGACCAGGGC